CGGGCAAUUAAACCGUGUCUGCCACUUUCGGCGUUGCAUCCCCCUCUUUUUUUUCCUUCUAUUAUUAUUCCGUCUUUUUCCGAACAGCAGGGUAAAUAAAUCAUAAUCUUUGCAAGAUUUUUCUUUUCUCACUUUUCCGGCCAUGGCCGGCAAGAAGAAGCCGAUGGUGAUCGAAAUCUCGUCUUCAUCCGAAGAAGAAGAAGAAACCAAGAGGAAUAAGAGCGAAGACGAGAAGGGGAGGAGGAGGAGGAAAUAUUCUGUUCUGGAGGUGAAGACGGAGGACAAGCGGAGGGAGGAGGAGGAGGAGGACUGCUACAUUCUCCCCUUCGAUCCCUUAGCCGAUGAUCUCAACCAGAAGCUCUCCCUCAACGACGCCCAGUCCCAGCUCGAUGACCUCUCCAUCGUCGCUGAACGAGGCCAGGUGGCUUGCAGAGAUUAUCCCCACUCACGGCAUUUGUGUGCUGAGUAUCCCUUUAGCAUGACAUCUCAUGAAAGUUGCUGCCUUAAGUGCUAUUGCUAUGUAUGUGAUGAAGCUGCUCCCUGCAAGUUUUGGAAGGAACCAAAUGGGCAUUGCCAUGCAUCUGAUCAAGAUAAGAAAUGGAAGGAAAUGAGGAAACUCGUGGCCAAAAGAAAGGGACAAAAGAAAGGGACAUUUUUUUUUUAAUUGAAUUGCCAUCCUUUGAUUUCAAAGGAUUUCUCUUAGAGCCUUUUGCGGGAUAAUUGCUGGUAUGACCUGCUGAACUGAGGGCUUAACAUAUGCUGGUGUAGCCGAGGCCUGUGGGCCACAAAAUGUAUGGGGUCCUUGCAGGAUCUGUAAGAAGAAUGAGCAAAACAUACUCCUUGUACAGUUUAUCAAUGUUAAAGCUAUGCGUUGGUUAUAUGAUCAACAUGGA